GGAGAUUGAAAGCUUGUGCUUGCUGGUGGGUGAUUACCUUUUUUUUUUUUUUGGGGGGGGGGGGGGGGGGGGGAUUAGCUUGCUGCUCUCGUAGCUCGAUCGUUCCUCUCCUCAGUGUGUGUUUGCCUCUGUGGACACGAACCAACUACGCUGCUGGAGCAAGCGGGGAGAUUGAAAGCUUGUGCUUGCUGGUGGGUGAUUACCUUUUUUUUUUUUUUUUUUUUUUUUUUUGGGUGGGUGGGUGACCAGCUUGCUGCUCCCGUAGCUCGGUCGUUCCUCCUCCUUAGUGUGUGUUUGCCUCUGUUGUGUACACGAACCAACCAACUACGCUGCUGGAGCAAGAGAGGGGUUGGCAGCUUGGUGAGGACAGCAGGGGAGAGCAGGGGAGGAGGCUACAGGGGUUUACCAGGUCGCGCCGCUUAGCAGCCGCAGCCAUGGAACGGGUGUCCCUCCUGAUGACGCGACUGCAUCGUGAAAGCCGGCCAUGGCAGGGCUCAGUAGGUGCCCUCUACCACCGUUAUCGUCGUAAUUGGGAAGCUAGAUCGACUCGCUAUUCUCUUCUGCAUUCUGAGGAAGUAGAAGUAGAUUCCUCUUCCUUCACUCGGUCCUGCGGCGCGAAGCUUUCAUGUUCAUUGCCGGUCAUUGAGCGUUUGAAGCGUGCAGGCUCUCGCAUCGAGCCGCCAGCUGUCCCUAUCCCUAUCCAGCACUCGCCUGUCUAUGUGCCACGUGGAGGGCAUCUUCUUCUCGAUUCCUAUCGCUGGGUCUCGCACUGUCUUUGCCCGCUGUUUGCAUCAUCAUCUCUUCUUUCGGCUUCCUCCCAGAAGAAGAGCUAUGGGGGUUGUUCUUGUGAGAUGCUCGGGGAAUUGCCGGUGGGGGACUCGCAGUCAUUGCAGCAGAAGCAGCAUGGGGAUGGGGAUCUGCAGGGUAUGCAGGGGAUUGCGCUGGCGUCGCGAUCGGGAUUGAAGAUCUGCGACUCUUCGAGGCCAGACGUCAGCUUGAGCCCACGAACGAUGCCCAUUUCAACUCCAGGCCAUCUCCGUUGGCUUAGCUCAUCGGCGCGCAGUGAUCGGGGUGUAAGAUCAGGUUCGACUUCAAUGAUGAGCACGGCUGGCGACCCCCUUCAGGAAGAUGAUGAAGAGGACAAAUGGGGAACAGUGUUCCCCGAUCCUUUGUCACCAGAGACUAAUCAACAGACGUUUAAGAAGCAGCCAAUUACAACGCGUACUCGUCCUCGUCCUCGUCUUCAGAAGCUCCCUCUCAGCAACAACGAGAAUGAUUAUGACAAAAUAAUGACGUCGAAAGAGGAAUCGUCAACAUCAAUUACCGGUCAGUCUUCACCUUCGGGUCUCGAUUCCACUUCCUCGACAAGAUCAUCAUUGACCCAGCGGACUUUGAAGGAAGAGCCAAUGUCACGUGAUAGUCGCAAUACACCUCUUGGCAUCUCGGAGAAUGACCUAAUACCUUCUCAAGGCCAGACAUCUGAGGGUUAUCAGCAGCAGUCUAAUUCAUCUUCUGCUCCCACAUUGUCCUCCUCCUCAGGGUCAUUCUUCCCAUCAUUUACUGCCACUCUGCAGUGUCAGCAAUCAACCUCAGUACCCUUGGCACCUCCCUUGUUGCCAGCAGCUGCCCGCUCAUCUCCAGGAUGGGCCUCCAGGGGCUCCUCUUUGUCAUCACCAUCAUCGUCAGCAGCGUCUUCAGAAGAAGAAUGGUCGUCUUCUUUAUCGGUAUCAUCAGUUUGUUCAGAGGCUAGUGAGAAAGGGAAGGAGGAUGAGGAGGAGGAGGAGGAAGGGAGAGAAAAAAACAGUGCUCUUUCUUGUUCAAACCCCAGUGUCAGCCAUGAAGAGGAGGAUGAGGAUGUCCUCCCACCGUCUGAUGCUGAAAGCCAUGGGUUUUCAUUUGGUAAUGUGAUGCUGCCAGGCCUUAGUCGCAAAGAUCUUGAGAGAUUGCUGCUGGAAUCUGGUGAACAGCUGCAACUAGGGGAUGAGAACGUGCCACGUGAUAGGCAAAGGAGUCUGACUGUGGCAAUCAUUGGCGCUCCCAAUGCCGGCAAGUCGAUGCUAACCAAUCGUCUGGUCGGGACCAAGGUCUCAGCAGUGUCAAGAAAGACAAACACAACGAGAAUGGAGAUGCUAGGUGUCGUUUGCAAGGGAGACACACAACUGCAGCUGUAUGACACCCCAGGGAUGGCUGAGGAGUUCACAGGGGGUAGCCAGACCCUCAGCAAGGAGAGCGGCCACCUUGCAGGCAUUGCCAGGAGAGUGGCAGCACAGUGUGAUGUCGUUGCUGUUCUUGUGGACGCUGAGCGUCAGAUAAGAAGACCAGAUCCAAGGGUGCGAAAUCUUGUGUCCCGACUUGGAAAGGUCCUGCCGAUGACGACAAAACGAGUUUUGUGUCUGAACAAGGUGGAUGCAGUUGGGGACAAGAAGGACCUCCUUGCAUUGACGUCGGACCUGACAUCGCUCGGUAUCGACUUCGAUAGGGUGUUCAUGGUCUCAGCACGCAAGGGAAGUGGAGUAGAGGUCAUGCUGAGGUACUUCAUAGACCAGGCUGCACUGCAGCCAUGGGAAGUCGAGCCUGGGAGGAUCACUGAUCGGACAUUGAAGGAUUUAGCGCUGGAAAUAGUGCGAGAGCAUAUCUAUAACCGUGUGCACAAGGAGUUGCCCUACAUUGUGGAGCAAAAGCAUAUUAAGUGGAGGGUCUGCAGAGAUGACUCGGUCGUCGUAUCGCAGCUCGUCAUUGUCGAAACAGAGCAUCAGAAGAUGAUUGUCGUUGGGAAGAGUGGGCUUGUAAUCAGGCAAAUUGGUCAAGGAGCGCGGCUAGAACUGGAGCAGUUGCUUCAGAGGAGAGUUCAUCUGUUUCUGGAUGUGAUAGUGCGACCCAGCAGGAGGAGACUUCCCUUCGACGGCGGCCAGCUGAGUGCGCACACCUUCCGCCCGCGACGAGCGCAAGCUUCGCGGCGAACGAGACUGGUCGUCUCCGCCCUCGCCGUCCCGCAAGCGCGGGGGGAGCAAUCGCCGGCACUCCGCCGGCGCCCGUCGGAGGUUCCGCAGCCUGCCACGCGCCUGAUACCUAUGACAUCCUCUGAUCCUGGCCACAAGGACGGUGGUGACCCCGCGGAAAUCGCUCAAACGGAUGCAGAGAGAACACGUCUGACGAAGACAGAGACCAACUACUCUUUCGGUCCUCAUCCUAUCCAUUUUAGGGAAGUCUUCCUAGUGACCUCCCUCUCCUACGCGUUUGUCAAUCUGAAACCAGUCGUUCCAGGUCACGUGCUGGUCAGUCCCAAAAGGGUAGUUCAGCGCUACGCGGACCUAACAAGCGCGGAAGUCGUAGAUCUGUGGCAGGUCGCGCACCGCAUCGCGCGGAAGCUCGAGGCUCACCAUGAUGCCACGUCACUCACUCUGACUAUUCAGGACAGCAAAGAGGCGGGGCAGGCGGUUCCACAUGUGCAUGUUCACAUCGUGCCCCGCAAAGGUGGAGAUUUCACACCAAACGAUGAAGUGUACGACGCCAUAGAUGAAAGCGAGGAGAAGCUUUCUGAGACGUUGAAUCUGGACAAGAUGCGACAGGAGAGGACACCUGAGGACAUGGCAGCGGAGGCGGCGACAUUGCGACCGCUCUUCGCGGAAUCAGUCGAAAACGGAGAAGAAAGCGAAGAAAAAGAAGAUGGCAAAUGAGGGGAGGGGGGAGGGGGCGCUGUGGAUGGGAAGAUUGCGAAGGCUGUUUUGCGGAUGAAGAAGACAAUGGCAAGUAAAAAAUAGGAAGAGGA